CUGGAACGUCAUAUAAUUUAAAUUUGUUUUUGUGCUCAGGAAAUAAUGGACAUUCAACGUGUAUAACUGCUUUCGAUCGAUAUCGACAACGCCGCAAAUAUACAGCUGUUCUCUCUCAUUCCGGAAUUAUUGCAAUGACGCAAGCGGACACACAGCACGACAUCUCUGAAGACACGUGAAAAGUUAGCAAAUCUUCCGGAAUCAUGGUUGAGCUAGUAUAUCAAGAGCCGUAGUCUUAAGUGAUCGUAUUUAGUGUGUGCGUGCUUGGUAAAUAAAUCAGUGGACUGUUUUAAUUUACACCUAACGAAUGCUAAAAACGCUAGAUAGAUGUCAGGUGUGGGGUGUGAAUUUAACGUUAGUCCAUUGGUAGGUGAUGAAGAAUAAAUAAUAGUGAAAUGAAAUAAAUCGGACUAAGGUAUGUAAAAAUGCGAAAGCUGGUGAAUUUAAAAGUUGCUGAGCUGAAAAUGGAUUUGAAGGAAAAGGACUGGGAUAGGAUAAGAAAUGAAGCUGACUAGCAGGAGCGACUUCGUAUUCAUUAGUUGAGGAAGGCGAUGACCCGGAAAACUUGAUUUUUGUUAGUGCAAGCGAUAUCGGUCAAAUGUUAAAAAACAUUUUUUUGGAAAAUUCCGUCAACCUGAAAGUGACGUUGCUAGAAAAUUCCGCCACCAACUCUACCAAAUGUAUUAUACAUAUGACUGAUAUGUUGAUUUAGUUUGCUUUUUGUGUAUAUACGUGGAAACUGUAUGGAUAUGCCUACAUACAUUUUGAAUUUUUUCAAAAAAAAGUACUUUACAGGUACAGCUUACCAACAUGGAUGACAUUUUAAUUGUAUCUAGGAAGAGUAGUGAACCUGCUGGGCUAUGGGUGCAAUAUUUUAAUAGUUAUUUUGAACAGAUUGGAUUGUCCAUUUCAUUAAAUAGUAAUAAAAAAUCUUUUAAGUUGCAAAAUGUGUACUUGGAGGACUCACUCACACCAAAGGUAAAAGACAAAACAUUUCAAGAAAGUGCCACCGGUGUAAAACUCCAAAUCGUUGUACUAUGCCCAACAUUUUUGGAAUUCAUCUCUCAAUAUCCAGAAGAAUCACAAAAACUUACAAGACUCUUACUACCUGAUCGAACUUUGGUUCUGCUGCUGGGAGUGAACGAUUCGGAUUUUGAAAAACAUAAGAAUGCUCUACCUACGUAUUUUCAGUGGAAAAGGCUUUUAGUUGGCCAGGACCAAGACCAGACCUUCACAAAGGAGUUUUUGGGCGAUUCAAUAGCAAUACUGUCCAAGAUAUGGAAGAAACAGAAUGCGGAUAUAGGGCAAGAUAAAUCUUUCUUUUCUGUUACGCCGAAGAAAGUUAGACCGGGACAAACAACUGUUUUCAUUCUACUCAACCACCCCCUGCAAAACGAAGAUAUAAUAAAAAUAUCUGUAGAAUGCAAUGAUGAUCUGCAAGAAAUUGAAUCUGUCAAACGACGAAACCCUUAUAUAGUGAAAAUUUCUUUACCCGAUAAUAUGACAGAUAUGACAGCAGUAGUGCAUAUACUAGUGGAGAAAAACGGAAGUAAGCUAGGAAGUCGAUCCAUGAGAUGUGAGAGUAAAAUGAUGGAGUUGGGUAAGAUAUUGAGAGGCAUGAUUAAUCCGAUUGAAUUUAUGUGUCAGACUAUUGGAUUUGGCCCAGCCGACCGGGAACAGUUAGACAACUGGUUAAUACAAGAAUUUCAAAAAAACUUGCCGCCACAUUUUAAUUUGAUUGGUAAUUGUAGUACACUGUUUGCGGCCAGUGUAUCAGCACAUAAACACAGCUACGAAGAAUACCCAACCCUCCUCCACUUCGCUGCGAAAUUCGGACUAGAGAAACUCGCCACAGUCCUAAUGGAUUGUCCGGGCGCCAAUAUCGCUUUUGAACUUCGAAAUUGUUAUGACAUGACGCCAACGGACAUCGCAGACAAUAACGGACAUUAUAAAUUGUCGAACAUGUUAAAAAUUAGCUUAAACAUGAAUGAAGUUACUUCCACGUAUAUCAAGUUAAAAGAAAUGAUAUCGAAGCAUUCGAAUGAGAUGGAUUCCAGUGGAUAUAUGACCCCCAAUGAGAUUGUGGAGAACGUUUACAAGAUGUGUCCAGCUCCGCGGCCGGUGAAUCCAGAAAUAAGCAGCAGUUGUCCCAUGGCUCUUUCAGCUGCGGUAUUGCCUUCUAGUAAAGCUAGUUUGUCCGCUAAUCUGGCCACUGGUCAAAAUACUCAAGCAUUUUUAAGGGAGGAUCUACGCCUUGACGAUUUAGUGGCCAAAGCGGAUCCCCAAAACAGAAAUACCCGAUCUCCGUCUCCGAAUUCAAGAACUAAACAUAUGAUUGAAGAUAAGACUCAAGAACUGGCUGAAAUUAUUAACGAUUUUAAGAAUAAAGUGCAUUCUCUAUCAGAGGUUGAAAAAUUAGUAAACGCGUGGUCCAAACGAAAUGACGUCCAGAAAUCAUUCAAAGAAAAACAAGAACACCUGAAAGUCCUACGUAGGGAAUAUGAAAACGCGCAAAAACUAUUAGAGCAAAACCAGAAGUGCAAAAAACGACGUCCCUCGAUCGUGGAGAAUAUCUUCUGGAAAGUAUUUUCCAGAAGUAACAGUAAAAAGAACUUAACGCAACAGAAGUCCAAUGAAGAGUCUACCAUGGAUCAAUUUAUUUUUAUACCCGCGUUACAGUUGAACCAAAGCGCUCGGCCUAUUAGUAGUCUUAGUACAUCUUCUAGUGGAUCCAGUGCUAGAAUGAGCACGAUUAGUGGAUGCAGUAUUGGGGAUAGUGGAACUCAUUCAGAUAUGGAGGACAGAAAGAUUAACUUUGGUUACCCUGACCACAACUUUCAUCAAGACUUUAAAGAUGAGACACUUAACAAAUCAAUAUCAGAUUGGAACUAUACUCCUGUACCCAUACCGAAACCUGUAAAGUUCCCCGCUCAUUUUGAAACUAUCGAGGAAAACAAACCAUCCAGAACGGACCAGUAUAAUGCCCAACAGUAUAUUCAAUUCCCACCUAAUGGGCAACCCGUUGAAGGGUUCACAGACUCAAAAACUACAUUAGAUUCAUCUUCCUCACAGCACAAUGAAUACAUGAACAUUCCUAAUCCACCCACGAGGAACACAAGUCAACAUGAUUACAUGAACAUAAGGCCGCCCACAUAAUGUAAAUAGUUUUUGUAGUUAAAAUGUUUAAAACCGAAAAAAAGCCUAAUAGUUCCAGUAUUUGUUAUGUUUCAGUACCAUAGUAUGUAUGAAACGAAUUGUUUGUUGAACGUAUGAUUGGAUUUGUGCUGUUGACCAUAUUUGAUAAAUUUUUAUUAUUAAUAUUUGCUAAACGGUAAUUAAAAAAUUUUAUCGAGCAUAUAUCGAUGUUUUGAGUUUUAUAUAAGACAUAUUUAGCAAGCAUUAUGGACUAUGUCUUAUUUUAUUUAUUUUUGAUUUAUUAAAUAAUCCAUGUCUAUCUAAUGCACGAAUACUUUUUUUUAAUUAUAUUAGGUAUAUAGUUUUAUAUAUUUUGUACAUUUUAUUGAAAUAAAAUAAAGUUGUAUUA